CUCUCAACAUCAAAAACACAACAAAGAACGUAACCUAAAACUCGAAGACAACAGGCAAGCCGCAUCGCAGUCGCAGAAAUUAUCAGUUUUUUCAAUAGUUCUCUCGUAAAUAGUGUUGUGAAAUAUAGGAACUAAAGUUUGCUUCGUUGAGCAGAUAAUUCUUACAGCGGUUGUCGAACCAAGAAGAAAGAUCGAACGCAACAAUGGCAGAACUGGAUAAAAUCGAAGUCCGGGACAUCACCCGCAUCGAGCGGAUCGGUGCCCACUCGCACAUCCGUGGCCUCGGGCUGGACGACGUGCUGGAAGCCCGUGCCGUGUCCCAGGGAAUGGUUGGCCAGAAGGAUGCCCGCCGUGCCGCUGGAUUGGUGGUACAGAUUGUGCGCGAGGGAAAGAUAGCCGGACGGUGCAUUCUGCUGGCCGGAGAACCCAGCACCGGGAAGACGGCCAUUGCCGUCGGAAUGGCACAGGCUCUUGGCAAUGAGACUCCUUUUACGAGCAUGUCCGGAUCCGAAAUCUACUCCCUGGAAAUGAACAAAACGGAAGCUCUUUCGCAAGCUCUGCGCAAAAGUAUCGGAGUACGCAUCAAAGAAGAAACGGAGAUAAUCGAAGGUGAAGUUGUAGAAAUCCAGAUUGACCGACCGGCUUCCGGUACCGGACAGAAAGUUGGCAAAGUAACGAUCAAAACCACGGAUAUGGAGACAAAUUACGAUCUUGGCAAUAAGAUCAUUGAAUGCUUUAUGAAGGAGAAGAUUCAAGCUGGAGAUGUUAUUACAAUUGACAAAGCAUCGGGAAAGGUCAGUAAACUGGGAAGGAGUUUUACCAGAGCCAGGGAUUACGAUGCCACAGGAGCCCAAACACGAUUCGUUCAAUGCCCCGAAGGAGAGCUCCAGAAGCGCAAAGAAGUGGUUCACACGGUCACACUUCACGAAAUCGACGUUAUCAACAGCAGAACACAUGGUUUUCUGGCUCUAUUUGCCGGCGACACCGGAGAGAUCAAACAGGAGGUCCGCGAUCAGAUCAACAGCAAAGUCAUGGAAUGGCGCGAAGAAGGCAAAGCUGAAAUCAACCCAGGAGUGCUGUUCAUCGACGAGGCUCACAUGUUGGAUAUCGAAUGCUUCUCAUUUCUGAACAGGGCUUUGGAAAGCGAUAUGGCGCCGGUCGUUAUCAUGGCCACCAAUCGAGGAAUUACCAAAAUCCGCGGAACGAACUAUCGCAGCCCGCACGGUAUUCCGAUCGAUCUGCUCGACAGAAUGAUCAUCAUCCGAACCGUGCCCUACUCAGCGAAGGAAAUCAAAGAGAUUCUCAAGAUUCGCUGUGAAGAGGAGGACUGUCAGAUUAACAACGAAGCACUGAUGGUGCUUGGACGAAUCGCCACCGAGACCAGCUUGCGCUAUGCCAUACAAUCGAUUACAACGGCAAGCUUAGUGAGCAAGAGACGCAAGGCGGCUGAGAUUACGGUGGAGGACAUCCGCAAGGUGUAUUCACUGUUCUUGGACGAAAAGCGUUCCAGCAAAAUCAUGAAAGAGUACCAGGACGAGUAUCUGUUUUACGACGACAGCUUGUCUCAGGCGGAACAAGCGAUGGAAGUGGAAACGAACUAAGCUGUUCGGUAAUAGGUAAGGAACUUUGCAACAUUUCAUAAGGAUAUAUGUUUUAUGUUCGGAUUCCAAUCUUAUAAUGCUUACGAGUAACAUACCUACAUAAAUGCGUGCUGAUAGUCGUACAAAGCCAAUAAACUACUGAUACAAUAAAA